AUGUUCUCAAAGUUUAACCUCGAAAGCCUAAUUUCCAGCGGCGUUCUUGGCGUGGCCAUCCGAAGUUCAACAAUACCCGGGUUUGAAAAAUAUCUCAGGAAUCUGCACCCAGUUCGUCGUCCGCAUGACGGAUUCUUAAGAGACUUCUGGGAAAAGGAGUUUGGAUGCAGUGCAGGGGGGGCAGCGCCGUUUGCAUAUUCCUCUUCAUCUCACCGUGCAUCGAAUGGCUCCACUUCAUCUCCUGCUAAGGAUUCUCUUCAAAGAGCCUCUCUGCCCCCCUGCAGUGGCACAGAGUCUCUGGAGGGGCUGCAGCAUCCCUUCACUGACACCUCUCAGCUCAGGGUGGUUAAUAAUGUCUACCUGGCUGUGUAUGCUGCAGCCCACGCCCUCCACAGUCUCCUCUCCUGCUCCAACAGAGACAGAGACAUCUCAACAUGCUCUUCUCCAGAUCACAUCAAUCCAAAAGAGCUGUUGCAGCACUUAAACCAGGUGAACUUUACCACACCACAAGGUGAAAUGUUUUAUUUCCAAGGAGCCGACACUCCGGCAAAGUAUGAUCUCGUCAACUGGCAGAAAACUCCAGAGGGGCCAAUGAAGCUCGUUCUGAUUGGCCACGUGGACGGGUUUGAUCUCCACCUUAACCAAUCAGCCAUUCAGUGGAGCACGGGAUCCAAUCAGGUGCCAGUGUCAGUGUGCAGUGAGAGCUGUCCUCCAGGCAGCCGACUGGCCAACAGGAAAGGAGAACCUGUCUGCUGCUUCGACUGUAUCCUAUGUGCGGAGGGAGAGAUUAGCAAUAAAAUUGGUUCCCCUCACUGUGAUCCCUGUCCGUCUGAGUUCUGGUCCAACGCUGAUCGAACGGCCUGCGUCCCUCGCCAGCUGGACUUCCUGUCCUUUAAUGAAACUCUGGGCAUUACCCUGACGGCAGCAGCAGUGUCUGGUGCCACGGUGACGGCUGCGGUGUUCCUGGUUUUUGUUUACUACCAUCAAACACCCAUGGUGCGAGCCAACAACUCAGAGCUGAGCUUCCUGCUGCUUCUGUCUCUGAAGCUCUGCUUCCUUUGCUCGCUGCUGUUCAUCGGUCAUCCGUCAGUGUGGGCCUGUCGCUUCCAGCAGGCGGCUUUUGGGAUCAGCUUCGUGCUUUGUGUUUCCUGCCUGCUUGUUAAAACCAUGGUGGUUCUGGCUGUUUUCCGUUCAGCUGGGCCCGGUGCUGGAUCCUUGAUAAAGUGGUUUGGUCUGCGGCAACAGAGAGGAAGUGUCGGCCUCUUCACCUGUAUACAGGUUAUCAUCUGUGCCAUAUGGCUGUCCCUGAGCCCCCCCGUGCCUCAGCAGGAUUUUGGUAUCCGAGGGUCAAAGGUCACCCUGAGGUGUGCAAUGGCCUCUUUGGUUGGCUUCUCUCUGGUCCUGGGCUACAUCGGCCUGCUGGCCUGCUCCUGCCUCUUCUUGGCUUUUCUCGCCCGGAAACUCCCUGACAACUUCAACGAGGCCAAGCUGAUCACCUUCAGCAUGCUGAUCUUCUGCGCCGUCUGGGUUGCCUUCGUCCCAGCGUACAUUAGCUCUCCUGGGAAGUACGUUGUCGCUGUGGAGAUUUUUGCGAUCCUUGCCUCCAGCUAUGGUUUGCUGCUCUGCAUUUUUGCCCCGAAAUGUUUCAUAAUUCUCUUGAAGCCUGAGAAAAACACUAAGAAACACCUGAUGGCCAGAUAG